AUGUCCUCCCAUAACGUGGUCCACCGGCCUAGCAUCUCUAAGCACGCCGAUCCCGACCCCAUCGCUUAUGAGGCUGAAGUGUAUCAGAAGGGCCUGCACUACGAGAAACCGCCCUUCACGUUUCAACCUCUACAAUGGGAAGAACUGGCCAUGGCGCGCCUGUCCGCCGAGUCCGCGGGGUAUGUCGUCGGGAGCGCGGGAGUCGGCGAGACGGCGCGCAAGAAUAGAAAGGCCUUCGAGAAGUGGUCGAUCGUGCCGCGCCGAUUGGUUGGGACUGAAGGGUUCCCGAAUCUGAGCGUGAAUGUCCUGGGAGGACAGAGGAUCCCCUUCCCCAUCGCUGCAGCACCGGUUGGCGUGUUGAGGAUUUUCAACCCCGACGGAGAAGUCGCGGUCGCGAGGGCUUGUGAGAAGUGCCGGAUUCCGUAUAUCAUGAGUACGGCCAGCAGUACGAGCAUUGAGGAGGCGGCCAAGGCAAACGGAGACGGAGUCCGGUGGUUUCAGCUUUACUGGCCUUCCAGGGAGAGUGAUAGUACGACCAUUUCGAUGCUGAACCGUGCGAAAGCGGCUGGGUUUACGGCCUUGUUUGUCACCUUGGAUACGUACGUGCUGGGUUGGCGGCCGAGCGACAUGGACAACGGAUAUAACCCGUUUCUCCGCUCUGACCAGAUAGGCGUGGCGGUCGGCUUCUCGGAUCCAGGAUUCCGGGAGCAAUUCAAGGACAAGCACGGCGUCGAAAUCGAAGAAGAUCAAGGCAAAGCCGCUGCCGAAUGGACUCGCACUAUAUUUCCCGGGAUGAGCCAUUCUUGGGACGACGUCAAGUUCCUCCAGAAACACUGGGACGGGCCGAUUGUCUUGAAAGGCAUUCAGUCAACGCAGGAUGCUCUGAAGGCAGCCGAGCUCGGCGUCCAGGGGAUCGUUGUGAGCAACCACGGAGGUAGACAAGUGGAUGGCGGGAUUGGCUCGCUUAGUGUCCUGCCGGGUAUUGUCGACGCGGUAGGGGACAAGCUUGAAGUCUUCUUCGACUCCGGAAUUCGCACUGGGGCAGACAUUGCGAAAGCAGUCGCGCUUGGAGCCAAGAUGGUUCUUGUCGGAAGGCCAUACACGUAUGGACUGGUCCUUGGCGGAGAAGAAGGUGUCACUCACAUCCUUCGAGCUCUCUGUGGUGACUUGGAUCUGACCUUACAUCUUGCUGGCAUCAAAUCGGUUUCGAAGGAACACCUCAACCGAUCAGUGCUCGUUCGUGAAGAUGGGCUGUAA